CAUCAGCAGAUCGCGACUCAGACUCACACACACACACUCACACACACGCGCGCCGGUGCUCGUGUCUCUGUGUCUCCGUGUCCCUGUCUUUCUCUCCGCCGAGCCAUGAAACAGAUGCUGUUCGACCUGAUGAGGAUGAGCAGGAUUUGCCGGAUGGUCCUCGCCACAUGUUUGGGAUCUUUUAUCCUGGUCAUCUUUUAUUUCCAAAGUAUGUUCCAGCCAGUAAUGAGACGGAACCCGUUUGCAGCAGAGGGCUGCUGUAGGAGAGGCUCAAGAAAUGCGCUGCAGGAGCUUUAUAACCCCACACAGGCGGAGUUCUCAAGAGCAGCGCUUCUCCAUCAGGCUCGGCGUGACCAGGUGGCCCAGACAUGUCGUGCCCACAGUGCCUUGAGCCGCAAGCGACACGUACUGACACCCAGCGACCUAAAACACUUAGUAGUGGAUGAAGAACAUGAGCUGAUCUACUGCUACGUGCCCAAAGUGGCAUGCACCAACUGGAAGCGGGUGAUGAUGGUCCUGAGUGGGCAUGGCAAGUACAGCGAUCCUAUGGAGAUCCUCCCCAGUGAGGCACACGUGCCCUCCAACCUGAAGACACUCAACCAGUACAGCAUCGCUGACAUCAACCACCGCUUGAAGAACUACCUCAAGUUCUUGUUUGUGCGCGAGCCCUUCGAGCGCCUAGUGUCGGCAUACCGUAACAAGUUCACACUGCGCUACAACACGUCCUUCCACAAGCGCUACGGCACGCGUAUUGUCAGGCGGUACCGCAAAAAUGCUACGGCCGAAGCGCUCCAGAAUGGCAGUGAUGUCAAGUUCACAGAGUUCGCUGAGUACCUCAUCGAUCCAGCCACGCAACGUGAGGCGCCACUGAACGAGCACUGGCAGACUGUGUAUGCGCUGUGUCACCCCUGCCACAUCCACUACGACCUGGUGGGCAAGUACGAGACACUGGAGGAGGAUGCUGACUACGUGCUGAAGCUGGCUGGUGUGCCUGACUCGCUACAUUUUCCAUCCUAUGCCAAGUCUACUCGCACCACCGACCAGAUGGCAGCCAUGUUUUUCAACAACAUCAGCGCGCAGCAACAGAGCCAGCUCUAUCAGCUUUACAAGAUGGACUUCCUGAUGUUUAACUACUCCUCACCAAGUUACCUGAAGGAGCAGUAGGAAGGGUUGGCGCACAAUGCACGCACAUUUUUAAACGCACACCUGUGCAAACACAUACUCAAAGCUGAGCUUAACUGAAACAGAACAUUGAUGUGAGGAGAAAUGGCCAGUGAGGUGCUUGAUGAAUUGGCACCAGUGGAAGCAGAGCAAAAAACUCUGAACUUUUGGAGACUUUUGGAACUGUAUAAUCCACAGGUGGUCAGUCUGCUGUAUUGUGAAGAGGAAUGAUUAAACAGAGGAAGAUUUGUACUGUAUUUGAUCAUGGUUUCAUGUUUGAUGAGUAUUCAGGUAAACCUGGCAUCUCUGUGUUAAUACACCCGUCCAUCAGAUUGUAAGAUAAAGAUCAUGUUACUGUUUAUAUUCCCUGCCAUCAUUAAGCAAUACGACUCUGGGCCACAGGCUCAUUUACUGUAACAAGUAAAGAUCUCACCCGCCUACCUUCAAUUUCAAACACUUGAUGAGCGAAAGACUCUUGUGGACUUCUAUUACACCCCAAUACAGUACUAAAGUUGUGGGCUGUACUUAAGCACGCUCAUGUUAGUGUUAUUUAUGGUUGUUCCCCUAACUACAGCCGUCUUCUAUGUGAAGACUGUGUGCGUGUACAGUAAUUAUAUGAUGCAUAUGUAAAGGAGGACCUUUGCGUUCACACAGGAGGAUGUGAUAAUGGCAUUGAGAGGUGCCUUUGUGAUGUGGGUGUAUCCUGCUGCCCUUAUGAGUCAGUGGCUAUCCGGCAUUCAAAAGUCAGAGGUCGGCGAGAGGUCAUUAUUCAUUAAAGGGACUCCCAAGAACCAUCAGCCAUCUUAAAAAAAUAUUAAGGGAAUAUUUCUUGUUUUUGCAUUGUUUUUAUUGACUUAUGAAAGGUAGCUGCGAGCAGCUGAACAAAACAUUAUUUAAAAUACUU